UAUUCAAAACAAAAAACAAGUUUGAACCAAGUUUGAACAUGUUUUAAAAUAUAUAAAUAUAAAUAGCAGCUGAUAUCAGACAGAGUUUUAGAGAUAGAAUCUGUGAUUACUGUGAAAGUAUAGUAUUUGAUUUGGUAUUUCUUGUUUAUGAAAUACAAUAUAAUAAAAUAUACAAGUUUUUGUAUUAAAUUCCGUAAUUUUGUGCUAUUUUGCAAUUACAUUAACUGUGCAAAUAGCAAUAUACAGGUGUACAGGAUAUUUGCUAAGUGUAGAGCUUUAAAGCAUUAUAACAGUAAAUAUAUAGUCAAGAAUACAAGUUACUAGUUUUUGCUAGUAUAUACGUACUGUGAGCUGUGAGUAUAAUAUUGAACUUCCUAGACUACUAAGAUGCCACCUGCAUCUGCUCCCAAGUCUUGUGUUAUUCUUUUCGAUUUAAAAACGGAAGAUCGCCAGAAGGGUUUAGACAGUUUAACUAACAUUUUGCUGUAUAAUCGUUUAUCAGAAGUUAAGGAUGAGUGUAAAUUAUUUCUAUUCAAUUCACAUAAUGUUGAUGCUCAAUGCGCGGGUGUUUCACUUAUAAAUUCAAAUCUUACAAUUGAUGCUCUUAUUAACACAAUAAAAACAUUUGAAGUGGGAGAGUCAAAUUGGAUGGAAGCUAUAAUAUUUGGUAUAAAUGAACUUGAAGAAGAGUUUAAUAAACCUGGCAUAAUUACCUUACAAAUUGUUGUUAUAAGUGAUUUGAAGUCAUUUAAGUCUGAGAAAAAUAAGCAUCUUGAGGAAUCUAUAAUUAAAAGUUUAAAACAACAUGAUAUAUUUGUGUAUUUUAUUGGGCCCAACGUUCAACCUUCUAAGACCAUUUUUUCUGAACACGACUUAAUUGAGUGGAUGAGAAAUUUGGAAGGAAAAGGAGAAUAUUUCGAUUUUGUGAAACGAAUUGUAACCGAAACAAAAUCUUGUAUUUGUAGUUUCGAUUUAGGAGUACACUUGUUCAAUUCGUUUAAGUACAGAAAAGGUAAACAGCCCUGGACAGAGCCUCUCAGUUUUGGCACAGUGCUAUCAUUGCCAUUCCCCACGAUAAAAAUAACUGACCGUCAGCCACCAUUUAAACUCCAAAUGGAUAAAAAUGAUACAGAUGUAAAAAGGGUAUGUGAAGAACAGGAAGACGUAGAAAUAAAUAUGCAUGAUACAGUGAGUGGCUUAGUAAGACAUGGAAAGUUUGUUAGAAUACCAGACGAGAAGCUAUUUAAAAUAGAAGGACCUAGAUGCUUUUCCGUUCUAGGUUUUACAGAUAGCAAAAAAGUUCCAGAGUAUUUACUCCAAGGGGAAGAAACUUAUAAACUUGUAUCAACUGGAGUGCAAGAUGAUAGCUACUUAGAGUUCUUUUGGACAUUAAUAAGUGUAAUGAUCGAACUGGAUAAAUAUAUUGUUGCCAAAAAAGUAUACUAUGCGAACUUGAAUCCAAAAUAUGUAGUACUGAUACCAAGAUUAGACAAAGAUACGAGGGGAUUUAUUGUAUGUGAACUACCCUAUGCAGAGGACAUUGCUUUUGAUUAUAAAGAAGAAAAUUCUGCACCUAAGGUACAAGUCAGUAAAGAAACUACAAAUUAUUUGGAUUCAAUGAAUGUCACUAGCGAUAAAUGUAAAAUACAAGUGCCUUUGGCACCAAGAAUGAUGAUUGAUACAAAUUGUUUAAACAUGAUUAAUAAGGUUAAGGAAAAACUGACUGAAGGUAAAUGAACAAAAUAUUAAUAUAAUCAACGUCGCAAUCGCCUACUAUUGACACUUGAGAGGGGAGCGCUUAAAUAUUUUUUGGCAUAAGCUGCUAAAAUGGGAAAAAGGAGGAGAUACAUGUUUUUAUGUUCAAGAGUUUCAUCAAACUAUUCCAAUAUAGAGCGUGACUGUAGUUUUUA